AUGGCAGACCCGCUGGACCCAGCUUUCAGUAUUUACCAAGGAGUCUGGACAGAUUGGUCAAGGGGCAAGACAUGGGGUCUCACGUUAACCCUGUGUCCAACUCAUGCCACUAUCUUGACCAAUUCAUUAGCAGUUUUUGUCACCAUCUGCGGAAUACAGCUGUGGAACAUCGUGCGACAGUUGAUCUACAAGUUCUGUACCCCGGCUAAGCCGGAAAUGCUCACUCCACAUCUCCGAAAACAACGAGCGGUAUUGAAAAAUGCGGGCUCCGAUAUCAUUACGACUGCAGGCCGUAUGCUGCGUUUGGCCUGGGGACAUCGACGGACAAGCACCGGCAAGCCCUCUCUCCGCUCUUAUUCAAUUGGUGUAUUCGCCAUUAUCUACGCCAUCCUGUUCUGGACAGCCGGAAUCUUUUCCAACCGAGCAAUUAGCACCGGCUCGACAAACGGGCCCUGGCCCGCCCUUUCCAGGAGUAAACAUUGCGGGAUCUGGAAUCAGACUUAUUUCGAGAUAGUGAACAACAACAAUGUCUCUACUGAAGAAAACUUUGGACUUGUUGUCCAGUACGUUGCAAAAGCGGGGAAAGACGUUCAACAGAGUCUUGAAUAUGCCCAAGAGUGCUACGGCACUAAUUCACCCGUCACCAGCGUGUCGUCUACCUGCAAUACCUUCAAGACUUCAAGCCUCAACUGGACCGUUUCACCUGGUACAUGCCCGUUUCCAGCGCAAACUUGUCUUAAGGACUCCCCUGUCAAGGUCCUAGAUACGGAGGAGAUUGACUCCCACGAAGAUCUCGGUAUCAACGCCGACCCAAAAGACAGGCUGAAAUACUGGAGAAGAACGACAUGCGCCGUCCUCGACGGGACUGACCGUAUCAAGGGAUGGAAUGGCACAAUCGUGGGCAGCCCAGAUUCUCGGCCUACACCAGACACGGCUCAUGCAUAUUACGGUCCUUCGCUCUACAAGGACACCGAAUGGACAUACGCCUACUCAAAUUUUGCAUCCUUCUUCGACAAUUUCACCGCUCAAGUGACCCUUCCAUACCAGCUGGAUGUAGAAUUGGCCUACGCCCUUUCUGAUUCAAAACCAAGCCCCAGCGAUUUCCAACCUAUCGAGGAGUUGGUGCUGAAGGAUGCCGACUUGAAUCUACUUUUCCUCAGCUACACCGGAAUGUACUUAGAAAAGGUCGACGACCCUUGGUUCUCCGCGCACAAUGAGGCAUCGUUCGACAGCCAAUAUCCCUAUCUUCAAACCCGCUAUUACCGCGAUCUAGCCAUUAGCACCCUUGCAUGCACGGAGCAACAUAACUUUUGUACAUAUGACAAUAACUGCACCGACUUUCUAGGAUUCGACCAAGUCCAAAGAGUCGCCUCUUUCAAUGCCUUACUUACACCGCAUCAAAAUGCUACUUUCGAUCGAAUGAUGCGCGCUGUGACGGAGUCAAGCCUGAGGAAUAUUAUUCAAAGCCUCGCGCUGACCACUACUCCAAUGUUGGCGAGCAACAAGACAGCGGUCGGGGCCAGCGGCGCUGUCUUGUCGAGCGCUUUGCCUCCGGACCAAUGGACCUCUGAGCUAGUUUAUUACCACUCGGUCGCCAUGGCACAUCUUCAGCGGACAAUCUUUCAAUGGGCCACUGGGUCAGUCGCUGCUGUACCACAGCAUUUCGAGUACCUACUCCCACCUACAGAGGAGCAGGACAUUUGGUACUGCAAUAACAUGAUCGUUCAGUCAAAUGCCUAUCAGUCGUUCACUUUAUUGAUCAUCAUAUUGAUCAUCAUCUUCGGCACAUUGGUGAUCUCUGCUGCUGCAAUCAGCAAGUGUUUUGCGAAACCUCCGAAGGACGAUCUGCUUGACGACCGAAGUCCACUGAGACCUAGAACUCCGCCACUAUGCAAUCGCAAGGUUGGGGGAUCGCGACGCAGUGACCCUCUCGGAGCUUUUGAGUUAGUGAACUUGGAGUUGGUACCCAACAACCACAGAGUCUCUUCUCCUACUCUUCCAGCAGAGGAUCGAGAAAUCUCUAUUCUAAGUUCCUCAAGCAAUUGCGAAAACGGUGGUACCCGGCUCGCAGUCCCUCGCAGGCCAACAAGAGAUUCGUGGAUCGCCAUUAGUCUCAACGACUUUGAAUCAUCGCCACCAGAGCCGCGAAUACAGAUGGGCGACUGCAAUAGCAGAAGGCCAAUGCCGAGGCCAUUCAUAGUUCCACCGCCCACCGCCCACUUUUCAGCCCGACCUUCAGAGCGGCCUAAGAAUGGGAUCAUUGAUUCAUGGAUAUGA